AGCAGUUCAAAUGCAUUCCUUCCGCAACCGAUUUCUUUCAACAUUCUCACGACUAUGCGUGCCGCAUCUACCUUCCUUGCCCUUGCAGCCUCAACCUCUUAUGCUGUAGCCCUCUCGACAGGGUGUACUACUCAACUCGGAGCACUUGCCCUGGGUGAUCUUGGGAGUUGUUUGCAGCUCACUUCCCUAUUACCCGUUUUGAGUUCCUCCGGCUCAGUGGUCGACUCCGUUAAUACUUAUCUCAAAUCCCUUUGUGGCUCUUCCACUCCUACUUGUUCUAAUGACACUCUUACUUCUGCUUCGUCCUCUAUCAACUCUGGAUGCUCCUCUGAUAUUAGUGACGGCGGAACAAAUGGUGCUGAAGUGACGGCGUUGUUGGCACUAAUCAACCACUACGACCAAGCUUAUGCUGCAGCUUGCUCCACAAAUAGCUCAACUGGUGAUUACUGUGUGACAGAUACUCUUGACACCAUUCAGGAUGCUUCAGGGUCCAACCUCACCCUCAGUAGUGUCGCUUCGAUCCUUUCAGGGACAAGCUCUGAUAGCAGCAACAUCACUUCGAUGUUCAGCUCUGGUCAGCUUUGCACCCAAUGUGUUUCUGGAAUGUAUUACGAAGCUCUUCAAGCCAACUCUAGCAUCAGCGACACUACCAUCGGCAGAGCUUUGUCAUCUGAAUGUGGAUCAGACUUCGGGCAAACUUCACCAAACACCACUGCCACGAGCACAUCUGGCGAUAGUUCUGCCGCUGCCACUUCUUCCGCUUCUUCGUCGUCCGGUCUUGUUUCCGUCCAAUAUGCGGGUCUGGCUGCCACCGCCGGGAUCGUUGGGAGCGUGCUUGGCGCUGUAAUCAUCGGUUCCACCAUAAUAUUGUAAAUCUGACUUUGAACUGUAAGGCAAAUUAUCUUGGCCCUAUAGCACACGUUCAGGUCAUAAGUGUAUAUAAAAUGUACUUUCUUUGCCUCAUUUCACCUCGGAUCGAGGAAGGACGGUAUGGACUGAGAAGACAUGGACAAAAUGGACUUUGGUGCAAGCUUAGUGCAUGAACUAUUGUAUGUGUUAUCUCAGCUGAAGCUCGUAUCGGGCCAUUCAACAUCUCUCCGAAUCGUCAGGACUUAUUCCUUUACCGUCCAAUUACUUGAUACCGAUUUUCUUUCCCUUCCUUUUCGAUCAUAUGUCAAAGGCGGGCUUCCUUUGUCCACCUGGGCUGAAAUACCCAGGCUCAAAAUUUGCUUCAUUAGACAAAGGAACAACCUUGGAAGAAUGAUUCACUGCAAUUGUAGGAGCUUACAGCGGUCUUAAGCGAUGAUCGGUCUCCUCACUUCUCAUAAAGGGCGGCUGACGAUGAUUCAACCAGUAGAUCAACAAUCGGCCGACUAAAUUUAU